UCCAUUAUAACAACUAUGCAUCUUUAUAAGCCACAUUUUCUAGCUGACACAGAGAGAGACGGAGACACUCCAAGGCGAAGAAGAGUGAGACUAGAGGGCGUCGCUGCCUGUGGCUGUGACUCAGAAUCAAAAUUGAAAGUCGGCUUUUGAACUGAAAACCGUUCAAGAGGAUCAUCUCUGUCUUAGCCAAUCAAGAACAAAGACUCAAUAUUGGGGAACUUGCAGCUGAGAAACAUGUUCAAUACAUUUGAUCAGUUGAAAAGAGGAAGGAUGAUUUUGUAUCUGUGGUGAUGGAACAUCUGAGAAUGAAUGGGGCAUACUGGGGAAUGACCACUCUGGAUCUUCUGGGAAAGCUUGACACUGUUGAUGUGGAAGAGGUUGUCUCAUGGGUCAUGAAGUGCCAGCACGAGUCAGGUGGGUUUGGUGGUAACAUUGGACAUGACCCUCACGUACUGUAUACUCUGAGCGCUGUGCAGGUUUUGGCCCUUUUUGACAAGCUAAAUGUUCUUGACAUUGAUAAGGUGACAAAUUAUAUUGCUGGGCUGCAAAAUGAAGAUGGAUCUUUUUCAGGGGACAUAUGGGGUGAAGUUGAUACGCGGUUCUCUUAUAUUGCUAUGUGUUGUCUCUCAAUAUUGCAUCGUUUUAAUAAAAUCAAUGUGGAGAAGGCUGUGAGCUACAUUGUAAGUUGUAAAAAUUUGGAUGGUGGAUUUGGAUGCUCACCUGGUGGGGAGUCCCAUGCGGGGCAAAUUUUCUGUUGUGUGGGUGCACUUGCUAUCACGAGGUCAUUGCAUCGUAUUGACAAGGACCUUCUUGGGUGGUGGUUAUGUGAGUGGCAAGUUAAAUCUGGAGGUCUUAAUGGCCGUCCUGAGAAACUUCCUGAUGUCUGCUACUCAUGGUGGGUUCUUUCUAGCUUGAUCAUGAAAGACAGGGUUCAUUGGAUCAAUAAGGAAAAGCUUGUUGAGUUCAUCUUGGACUGCCAGGAUAUGGAAAAUGGAGGAAUUUCUGAUAGACCAGAUGAUGCUGUAGAUGUCUACCAUACGUACUUCGGUGUAGCUGAUAAACAUUUCAUCGCUAGGAACCACAACUUAGUGAAUUUCAAGGACCUUAACAGGAUCUUGAAAUUCAAGAUCUUCCUCCACAAGGACGGUCAACUUCGAGCAACCCACGUAAUCCUCGGAUAUACCCUUGUCUCAACCUGCUUUCAAUCCCUAAAGCACGUUAGCAAGGAUAGACGUAGCUGUUGAAGGUUUUCUCAAGCAGUUGAACUUAUUGCCCAGCAGGUCACUAAUCUCAUCCAAGUCGAGGAGGAACCUAUAUACUCUGAGGAAGAACAAGAAGAGACAGCAUGAGAGCCUUCCUUUGUUGACCUUGAAGAGGACUUCAAGGCUUUCAAUCAACCUGAUCUAACCAAGCACUUUAGGCCAGCUCUAGACCUCGGGCCAUAACGCAAGUCAGCAUCAACCAAGGGAUCACAAACAUACCAGAAGGAAUGGUCAUCCAAAAGAAGACUCCCAAUUUGUUGGCCUUGUUGGAAUCCCACGCCGGGGGUGCCAUACCGAAGUCCCAGUAGAUCCGAGACAUCCUACCCCUAUUCCAGCUUGGUCUUCUCCUAUUGAGCCCGAGGAGAAGAAGAGAAAGAGAGAGCAAACCCAGCAAAGAAAUCUCAAAAUAGGGGGAGAUCCAAUCCCUAGUGGGGCAAGAGCCUUCCAAGGGGUUCAAGGCCCACUAGGGCCCAAUAGAAAAAGAGUGCCACUAAGGGCUCGGGCUCUGAUGUUGUUGCUGAUUGGCAACCUAAAGUCCCUGCUUGGAGCCGUUUGCUGGAACUUUAUGGGGCUCCUUUUCCCUUUGACUCCUCCAUUAGAGAUUUUUAGUAGGGAAAGGCUGGCUACGUGGUCGACUUGGUUGAGCAGGCGUUGCUCCUUCCCCAAGAUAUGGCAGAGCUGAGGAAUCUAAAGAAAUGCGAAGUGUUCCUCUCCCUAAACUUUGGAAUUUGGUUUCCUCGCGACUAUCUUUCCCUUGUAUAUUGGUUAGCGUUAAUAUUUUGAACUAAUAAAUGCAAGAUUUUAAUGUCAAAUACAAGAUCAUAAACCCUAAAAACACUUAGAAAGCCUCUCUCUAUAAAUAAGAGAUAUCCAAACUGAAAAAAAGGGGCCAAGUUUAGUGCUGGAGUCUAUAGGAAAACUCACUCAAGACACGCUAAUAAAUUUUGUACUUUUUACC